GGGAGGCUGGUGGCCGGGCAGCAGGUGAGCGCAGGAGGCGACGAUACGGACCCUCUCUCGCCAGCCAGCCACAAGUGCAGAUUAGCUUGUGAGAUUGUGGAGAGCGCUGGUCACAUGCCUACAAAGCCGCGCUUGUGGAGUCCAGCGCUGGAGGCGGAUUAGACGGGAACCGCUCGCUCGCCCGCCCGCCCGGCAGCGGCACUGGACACGGUUGGAAGUGCCUGGAGAUGGAAUGUCUCGCCCAACCUAAAGUCUGAUGAAGAGUGUAUCAUCUGAACAAUGAAAAAUAAUGAGUAGACGGGCAGCAAAGCGAGCCACCUUCACUAAACGCCUCACGUAUCUAGCCUUGACAGGAGAGCAGCAGAGGAACGGAGAAGCUGCAGUUUGUUCUGGGCAUCUGUCGAGGGAACAUGGACAAGGCAAGGGAGGCGAAGGGUGAGGAUCAGAGGGGGAGGAGAUAUGUCAGCCCACCGGACGGAGGCUGGGGCUGGAUGAUUGUAGCCCACUUCUUUCUGGUGAACGUCCUGGUGAUGGGAACACUGAAAACAUUUGGGAUUUUCUUUGUGACGCUGCAGGAUGUCUUCGGAGCUUCCUCGGAGCAGAUCAGCUGGGUUGGGUCCAUCAUGUCCAGCCUCCGUCUCUCCGCAGGUCCGAUUGCCUCAGUGGCCUGUGGGAAGCUGGGCGAUCGAUGGACUUCGAUUCUGGGGGCUGUCCUAGUGUGCUUUGGAUUUCUCAUUAGCAUCCUGGCCACCAACGUGGUCUUCCUGUACGUGUCUCUGGGCGGCAUUGUAGGGCUUGGCUUUGCUUUCCUCUACCAAGCAGCAACGGUCCUGCACGCUAAAUACUUCAGGAAGAGACUGGCCACUGCGUACGCCAUCGCCAGGUCAGGAAUGGGCCUGACAUUCGCUCUUGCCCCCUUCACACAGUUACUGCUGGCAGAGUACGACUGGCAAGGUGCUUUGCUUAUUCUGGGAGGGAUAAUGUUGAAUCUUAUUGCUACAAGCAUGUUAUUGAGGCCAAUAUAUCUCCAUGAAAACAAACACUUGGAUUUGCCCCCCAAUGUGAAAACACUCAUCAGCCCACAGAACAGUCUGUUUCACAAUGGAGCAACCAAGCAGGGCAUCUUUGAGAACCAUCCGGAAGGUUGCAUCAUCUCGGCCAACUCCACAGUGAGCCACUUGGCCAUUGGUCACCUUGGUGACUUGAAGCACUAUGACAGUUGCAUUGUGGGCGAGGAGAGUCUGAGCAUCAACCCAUUACGUAGGGAGAUGGAGGCGAGUGUGGGCCAUGAGAGCAAAGCCUUUCUGGAUAAAGUGAUGUUCACGAAAUCUCACAGUGACAACGUUGAGUUCUCGGGCAAGGACAACGGAUUGCAACGAAAGGAGAAACUCCUGGACUUCACGUUGUUGAAGGAUCCUUUCUUUUGUAUAUACACUUUCUCAGUGAUGUUCAGCCAGUUAGCAUACUUCAUUCCUUACUUCCACCUAUCGGCAAGGGCUAAAACCCUGGACAUCAAUGCAAUGGAUGCAUCCUUCAUCAUUUCUGUUGCAGGUAUAACGGAGACUGUUGCCCAGCUGGCUUCAGGAUGGAUAGCUGACCAAAACUACGCCAACAAGUUCCACUAUCACAAAGCCUACCUUCUCCUGUGUGGCCUGUCCAACCUGCUGGCUCCAAUGGCGACCACCUAUGCCCAGCUGAUGGUCUAUGUGGUAUUCUUUGCCGUGUUCUGUGGCGGAUACAUGGCUCUGCUGCUCCCAGUCCUGGUUGAUCUGGUUGGAGUGACAAAAGUGAGAAUCUCGCUGGGCUUUUCAAUGUUUUUCGCUGGGAUUGGUUGCCUGACAGGACCUCCAGCAGCAGGUUGGCUGUAUGACUACACUCGGACGUACGACUGUUCCUUUUAUCUGGCGGGCAUCUGCUACAUCCUGUCUGCUGUGCCUCUCUUCCUGGAGCCCACAGCACGCAGGUACAAGGCAAGGAAACUAGCCAAGACUCAGACAGUGAAGACGGACACUAUCAGCAAUAUGGCCUGUAUAGCAGAAUGCCAAAACGGACAAGUCAUUAUUCCAUCUGAUGUGAGAUCUGAGAAGUUGCAGCAUAUCAGCUCUGUAUAAAGAAGACUGCCGUGCCCCACAAGGAACAUAAAACUAUUUAAAACACCACAGUGAUAUCUUGUCUGACGGAAAUCCAAGUGCCCAGAGUUCUGAGCACAUUGUGCAGGGACACUUGUUUUGCAUCAAAAUUAAAAUGUGAUUUUUUUUGAUGCAAUUCUUCAGAUAAUGAAAUUGUGGUGAAUUGUUUUGGUCAUCACAAGGUAUGAAUAUGCCUGAUAAAACAAGAAAAUCCUACAACCUUUUGCACAGCUUUGAUGUGAGAUAAAGGUGGUUCUGGGCAAUCACUCACACAGUCAAUGGGCUUUCACCCGACGCAGAGAGAGAGCUUCCUCAGAGCCACCAACACAAAUCGUUUCUCAUCUUUGUCUUCAAAGGACAGCAGCAGAUGGAAAAAAUAAUUCUCAUGUUAGACUAAAGUCACUUUUGUAUUUUGGUUCUACCUGCAGGAACCAAAAUGAGCCAUUUUGCACAGAGACCCAUCAUGCCAUCUCCCCCACCAUAACUCUGCUUCCUUAAUAUAUCUGAGAGUUGUAGCAGGUGAAACGAGCGUCCCGUCACACAGUUACACCCAAUACACAUGGUACCAGGGUAUCAGGCCCUAUCAAACUCAAGAGAAGAUCACCAAACUGCCCAUAUCUCCUUCAGCACUCCUCCUUCCCAUAAGAGCAUAGAACAGUAGAGCACAGGAACAAACCCUUCGGCCCACAAGGACUGUGGCAAACACAAUGCUAGACCAACUCCCAUCUGCCUGCGCGUGAUCCAUAUCCCUCCAUAUCCAUUGCCCACCCAAAAGUCUCUCCAAUGCCACUAUCAUAUCUGCUAAUACCACCA